AUGUCAACUUGGGGGCGGGGCAGUAGCGAGGCGCGCGCGUUCGAACAGCGGCUUGGCGGCGUUGCCAUGGAGACGCGGCCUAGGCGUCGUCAGCGGAGCCUUGCUCGAGCAUUCCGAGCGUGGUGCUCGCCUCUUCCUUCUUUGAGAUAAAGAGAGGGUCGCUCCCGGUGUUGGAGAGUUGUUUGACCGAUGUGGCUGAUCGGUGAUUAGCGCUGCAGAAGUCGCACAGCCGCACACAUCUUCUGCCGUGUCCGCAAGAGCGAGUGACAAAUAUACUUGACUGCUUACAUCUCUCACUGCCAUCUGCUUGAGUCUGGUACCUGCCAUGAUAGCCUGCCUCCCGUAGAAGAUGGCCUCGUGUCUCUACGAAUGCCUCUGUGAGGCCGAACUCGACAAAUAUUAUCCCAACUUCACUGCCCUCGGCUUCCGGAAGAUCGACCAGCUGGCCAAGGUCUCCGUGAGAGAUUACGCCAAAUUGGGGAUUCACAGCAUGAAGGACCGCAAGCACCUCUUUCAGCUUAUUAAAAUAAUCAAAAUCUUGCAGGCAGAAGAGGAAACCGCUAAAAAAACCAAGCAGCGCUUUCAGACAGGGGCUGUCUGCUUCCAGGCUCCCGUUACCAGACCUGGGCCCUGUAGGCAGCUACACUUUGAUUCUAUCUUGGACAAAAGUGAGGAAGGAAAAGACCCUGAAACCGGAUUCUGUAGACUCUCCAGUUGUCCUGCGAGGAAAGAUAAAGACGAGUUAGCCACGGUGCUGGGGCAUGACCCAGAGUUCAAGAGACACCAGAAGGACCUUAAAAACACCCCCGCCACUUGGACAGAAUGCAAGCUAGACUUUCCAGCUAUGAAUUCGACUAGCAAUAUUGCCCCUCUGUUGGGGGAUACCGAAGCCCCCAUUGUCCAAAGGGUAGCUCAUAUUUCUGGUUAUAACUACGGAGUUCCGCAUUCGUGCAUCAGACCUAAUCCCUCUGAGAAAGAAAUGCCCUGGACCGAGACUGACAAGAUACGGGUGUGUGUCAGAAAACGUCCCCUGGGCUUAAGGGAGGAGCGGCGUGGAGAAGUGAACAUCGUCACUGUAGAAGACAAAGAAACUCUCCUGCUUCAUGAGAAAAAGGAGGCCGUCGACCUCACCCAGUACAUCCUGCAGCAUGUGUUUUACUUUGACGAGGUCUUUGGGGAGGCGUGUUCCAAUCGCGACGUGUACAUGAAGACUGCUCAUCCUCUCAUUCAGCACAUUUUCAAUGGGGGCAACGCCACUUGCUUUGCAUACGGGCAGACGGGGGCCGGCAAGACCUACACCAUGAUCGGCUCGCACCAAAACCCCGGGCUGUAUGCCUUGGCGGCCAGAGAUAUCUUCCAGCACUUAGAAACAUCCCAGGCUGGGAAAGACCUUCACGUCUGGAUUAGCUUUUAUGAGAUCUACUGCGGGCAGCUUUACGACCUGCUAAACGGAAGGAAGAGGCUGUUUGCCAGGGAAGACAGCAAACACGUUGUCCAAAUAGUCGGGCUGCGGGAAGUCCACGUGGAUACCGUCAGCUUGCUUCUAGAGGUGAUCUUGAAAGGAGGGAAGGAGCGCAGUACCGGGGCCACCGGAGUCAAUUCAGACUCGUCUCGCUCCCACGCCAUCAUCCAGAUACAGAUUAAAGAUGCAGCAAAGCGAGUGUUCGGGAGGAUCUCUUUUAUUGAUCUGGCGGGCAGCGAAAGAGCAGCUGAUGCCAGAGACUCCGACAGGCAGACAAAAAUGGAAGGAGCAGAAAUCAACCAAAGUCUUCUGGCCCUGAAGGAGUGCAUCCGCGCCUUGGAUCAGGAACAUGCUCACACGCCCUUCAGGCAAAGCAAGUUGACUCAGGUCUUAAAAGAUUCCUUCAUCGGCAAUUCCAAGACGUGCAUGAUCGCGAACGUCUCUCCCAGCCACAUCGCGACAGAGCACACCCUGAACACCUUGCGCUACGCCGACAGGGUGAAAGAGCUGAAAAAGGGGCUGAGAUGCUGCGCGCCAGCUGUGAGCAGGCGACGGACCACAGGGAGCAUGUCUCCAAAACGCAUCCAGAGUUCCCUGUGCCCACAAGCCGGGGAGAAGUCCUCACCGAAGAAGGUGAAACUGGGCUUGCAGUCUCCCUUGGUAGCCGCAGCCUCCACCACGGCGAAGGCUUCCCCUUUGCUGUUCCACUCGACGAACCCUCCUUUCUCUUCCACCCCCAAAGGAGCUGCCCGCAAAGGGUAUCCUGGCGCUGCUUGGCUGGGCCACCCCACCCCACUGAAAGGAGCUCUGGGGGCAGGCCUGCCAGCCAAGAAGAUAUCCGAGGACCUUGCCCCACAUUCUGACCACGGCCACCUUGAGCAGGGGCAGGGGGCUUCCUCUCCCAGGGCCGCGAGGGAAGGCAGCCAAGGAGACAGGCAGCACGUCAGGAGCCGGAAAGUCCAGCCUGUGCGUAAGCAGCUGAUUUCCAGAGCCAGCUUCACCCUGGGGGACACCCGUGGCCUGCCAUCCCGCAUACCAGACGGCAGAAAAGUGUUUGCCGAACAGUGUGCGGCAGCGUGGACGAGCGUCCCGCCGCAACAGAAGGACCGAGAGCAGCACCUCCGCCUUUACCACCAGCAGUUCCAGCAGCUCCCCAUCCUUCAGGAAAAGCUGAACUACCAGCCUCUGGAGAGGUUCCUGGGCCAGUACAAGCCGCAGGAGGUCCGGGUGCAGCCCCAGCUCCCCGCCUCUCCCCCGAGUCAAGAUGAGACCAUGCAGCUGGAAGACCUGGACGACAGCGACUUCAGCGAGGACUCCUUCUCGCCCAGGCCCAGCCGUGGGAAGCCCGAGGCCGAAGCGGCUGAGGAAGGCAGCCAGCGUUCAUUUUUCCUCCAUCGGGCAGAGCGUGGGACCGGCGGGCGGGAGGUCCAGGUCGGACACGAGCUGUUUUUCGAGCUGCUUGAGAGUAAAGAGGAGUCCUUACCGAGGACGGAGGAGGCCGUUAGUUGCGAGGGAAGCACACAGAGUCGGUCCGACUGGAGCACAGAAGGAGCUUCGGGGCUCGAUUCCUCUCCACAGGACGACACGCCAGAGAAGCCUUAUUGCUUGCAAGGGGACAGCGUGCCGUGCGACAGAAGGGACACGGGAGCUCCUUCCGUAGGGCAAAGCCUACUCCGCUGUAUAGGUCUGGAUGUAGGCUGCUCCGAAGACGGCUGUUCUAGGUGGGAGAAAGCAACGCAGAUCUUGGCUUUUGCUCGGGCACCGGGUUCCAUAGGAUACGUUGCCUGUUGCCAAAGGGAAGACUCUGGCCAAGGCUGUUCGGGAAAUUUAGAAAAGGGGCUCCAGAAAGGAAGUGACCUCUCCAGAUCUCUGGGAUUUCCAUUGGACGUUGUUGCAGGAACGAGGACUCCAUGGACAGUGUCGCCGCUGGAUGCUGAGAGAGCAGAUGUUGCAAAGGAAGACACUCCAGACCAGAGGCAAGGAAGGGAUUCACACGAGGAGAGAGAGGGGAAAGACUCCUCCAGCCCCGGAAUGCAAAUGGAAGAGGACCCCAGACCGUUCCUUGGGAAUAAGUCUUCUCCUCCUGCCCCCAUGUGUGAAAUGAAUCCAUGCAGAAGAACCGUCCAGCCGCUUUCUCCGCAAGCCCAGUGGCUUUCCCAGUUUUGUCACAGUCCAAAGGUCCUCUCUUCCUUGGGAGAUGCGUCCCCCUUGAGCGAACUUUGUGGCUGCGUUUGUGGAUUCUCUGCUGGGGACGCAGGCCUGGCGGAGGUCUCCCCGCGGAAAGGGAAGGAAGGCCCUUUGCUUCCUGGCAACCUGGAGGGCGGUGAGGUCACCGCUGACGUGGAAGCCACCGUGCUUGCCUCAUUGAGCUGUUCAGGGCAAUUCCGCUGGGGUGAGGAAGACUGCUCUGAGUCCGUGAUGCUGCUGAAGCACAUUGAUAGCCUGGAAAAGGUGUUUGUCUCGAGGACACCAGAGAACCAGGAACCCCCUGGAGAAAGCCUCUCUCCACAGCCCAGCUCGGAAGCCCAGAAACUGGAGCUUGGCUGUCCGCCGGAGCGGUUCAAGCUGACAUUUAGCAGUCAGGAGACAGGGCUCUUUAAAAGCGCUUCGAAAGCAUCUGCUCAGAAAUCUUCGGAUGCCGCUGAACAGGAUUCGGGGACGAAUAUUCGGUCUCCCCAGAGCUCCCUGAAGGACGCCUCCAAACAUUUACUCCCAUCUAAGGAAGCAUCGGGAAGGCAGUUUGUGAUCCAGAUCCGUCAGGAACAGCUGGACGAACUGGCCGCCCUGUCCCUGCGGGAAGAGGACUUGAUGAGGCAGUUGUCAGACCUGGAUCUCGAAGACUCGGUGGUGAAACUAGACGGGAUCCUGCUGCUGAAACUGAAGUGCAUCCAAAGGUCGAGAACUCAGCUGCAGCCCCUUUUAGCUACCUGGCAGAGAAGGUCCCCGACUUAGCCAGGAUGUAGCUCCGCCCUGACCCAGCCCCAUCGCUCCGCCUCCAGUG